AUGGAGAGCGAUCAGCCGCCGGCGCCCGUCCCGCUGCCUCCGCGCCGUCGACUACACCGCAGCCCACACGGCUCGUCGCAGCGCCGCCAGUCGCUGCCCGCCCGCUCGCUCACGCCCGGCCCCGACCUGCUGCCGCCGCCGCCGCCGCCCAACAACCCCGUCCAGCUCCCGCCCGCCUCGCCCGAGGUCAUCUCGUCCCUGAUAUCCUCGCUGUCGACCAUCUCCAGCCCCGCGCAGUCGCAUUUCGACCGCCUGCCCAAGAUUGGCCCGCACACCGAGCCGUCGUCUCCCAGCGUCUCGCAGCUCGACCUACCGAGCCCAACCCCAAGCCCGCUUCUCAGUCCCGGCUUUGCCGUCGACUAUGGCGCCUACAAGCCGCCCGCCGACGACUCCGAGCCCGACCUGCUGCAUCCCAAUGACGCUGCCUUCCCGCCCGUGGUCCGCAUGGUCAAGCCCGCGUCGCAGUCUCGCCGCUCGUCGCGAAGCAUACCGGUUGAGCCGUCGUUGCUGCGAUCUGUGUCGCAGGCCUCGGACUCCUCCUCGCAUACGGCUGUGAACGACGAGCAGCUGUCAGGCUUUGGGAUUGUCAGCUUGGAACCCGGCCCGCGAGUGUCGACGACCAGCGUUGCCUCGUCGAGCAGCGGCGGCAGAAAAAGCCUCAAGUCUCCCCUGAGUAUUCUAAGGCGGUCGUCCCGAGAGUUCUACAAGGAAAAAGACCUGGACCGUUUGGAUGGACACCGCCUCAGUGGCUCGCGAAGCCGUUUGAGUUUGCGCUCGACGCCAUCGAUGGCCAGUCUGGCGGAGGAAGGGAGCUUUGUAGACCACCACUUGGACCCGCCAGGAGACCUGACCCCACGGCGAGAUUCGGCCCCUUCCGUGAAUUCGUCGCACAAUCCCGUCGACCUGAAUCCAACCACCCCUUGUGGGAUUGGAGGAGGACGGUUCAUUCCUGCGCGCGAAUCGUCGCUGAGAUAUCGAGCCAAAAAGAAACGCUCGACUCGCCCCACUGUGUACUCCAAUCGAGAUUUCAAAAUCGACCGCGAUAUCGAAGAGGUCAAUGGGGAAAAUGACCAAGUGAGCAAGAAUGCGGCAGAGUACUGUGAUCGGCACCGAGCUGUCAAAGAACAUUCACCUGCACGCACCAUGCCGGUGGCACGGCUGCCUUCGACGCCCAAAAGAAACUCAAUCUCCUCCGUACGCACAUUCACUCCCUCUGUUCGGCCACGGGACUCAAUGUCUCUGGAGCAGCAGCGAUUCACCAAAAGAGGUGAAUUAGACCUCGACCCUGACGACAGUGCGCCCUCGCCCACUGUGCAGACGCGCCGCUCGUCCAUAGUCAGGAAGAGGAACAGCGGGCCGCUUGCGUCAAAAACGACCAACAUCCAGCCCACAAUGGCCGCAAAGCUAGAAAAAUCCGAGUCCCUGCAGAAGACCUCAAAGCGUCGCUCCUACGGCGCGAAUUCAGACACAAAGAGCCACCGCCGCAUCUCAUCCGGCGCCCCGUCGCCUGCGCCGCAGACGCCCAUAUCAAGUGUAGACGAGCGGCCCUCGAGCUCGGACUCGGUCGACGACGCUGUGCGCGCCUACGUGAUGGCGCCCCGGCUGACGCAGACCGUGCUGCACCCGCAGACGGGACGGGUCAUUGCCUUUUCCGAAGUCGGCGAUCCCAAGGGCCAUGUGGUGUUUUGCUGCGUGGGAAUGGGCCUCACGCGGUAUCUGACUGCGUUUUACGAUGAGUUGGCGAGGACGUUGAAGUUGCGAUUGAUCACGCCCGACCGCCCAGGCGUGGGCGAGAGCGGCCCCUGUCUUGACGGCUCGGGCCCUCUAAGCUGGCCUGACGACCUGGCGACCAUCUGCAACCAUCUGAAAAUCACAAAGUUCUCUAUGCUGGCCCAUUCGGCUGGCGCAAUCUACGCCCUCGCGACUGCGCUGCGUAUGCCCCAGCAUAUUCGAGGCCGGCUUCACCUCCUCGCGCCCUGGAUACCGCCCUCUCAGAUGUCAGGCAUGGGUUCACACAAGGAUCCGCUGCCUGCGACCGCUCUCCCUUACACUCAGCGAAUUCUUCGCGCCCUACCUACUCCAAUCUUGAAGGUCGCGAAUUCGCGCUUUAUGACGACAACCAGUGCUAGUGUCUCGACUAGCUUACCAAAGAAUCGGAAGAGCAAGCGCCUCAAUCUACUUUCAAGAGAAAAAGAGUCGUCUCCGCCUGUAGAGGCCGAUGUCAGCCCUGGACCCGAGUCAGGGAAGCCAACACCCCUCACUCCCCUCCCACGUUCGUCGCAUGAUGUUGUAUCUCGCGCUGCGUCCGACCCUUCCGACCCCAACGCCGAAUCUGCCGUGCUCGCCGCGGCCACCGCCGAGCGCGAGCGGCAAAGCGACUACGACAACCGCCUCACGCAUGCCAUCUGGGAACUCGCCACGGCCAACGCCAACCCCGCCGUGGACUUGCUCGUGUGUCUCGAGCGUCGCCAAACCAUUGGGUUCCGCUACAACGACAUCUCCCGCUCCGUGGUCAUCCACCACGGCUCCAAAGACACCCGGGUGCCCGUGGACAACGUGCGGUGGCUGGGCAAGACCAUGAGACGCUGCGAGGUCCGUGUUCUCGAAGGCGAGGGCCAUGGGCUGAUGGCUUCGGCCAAGGUCAUGGGGAACGUGCUGAUGGAAAUGGCGAAAGAGUGGGAAGACUGGACGACCGUCGUGCAAGGGCGGGGCGCCAGAAGAGUUACUGUGACGACACGCUGA